UGGGAUCUGGGGGGAAUGAGUUCAGACCAGCGUCCGAUGCUACCAUGGCGGAGUUCCAAUCCAAAUCAUUCAUCUGGAAGCAUGUCACGCAAGGACAGCUGGUGGGGACAUAGGAGAAGAUGCACGACGACCACAAGUUGCGUUGCAACUACUGCAAGGUCAUUUACGAGGGAAACCAAAGCAAGGCAGCGCGGCACUUCACGCAGCCUAAGAAGUGCAAGCAGGCACCGCUGUCUGUUUUGGCGGACAUAUGGAACAAGACACGGUACAAGUUUGACCUGCGUCACGUGGAGGGUAUCCUACGUUAUAUGGAGGAGAUGGGCAUAGCUGACGCGCGAUCUUUGUCGGGGAGGGGCACGCAGAGGAGGCAGCCAAGUGGAGGGUUCGGUGCGGACCGAGAUGACGAUAUGAUGGACGUUGUGGACGAGGUGGAGGCGUUUUUGGACCGGGAGGCGAGGCGAGAGGCCGAUGCCAUGCGAGGCACUGCGGAGGUGGGAGGGGAGGGUGGUUCGAGUCCCCCGCAUUGGAAGGGGGAGGAGGUCGUGAUGACUGCGCGUAGCACGGGAGGUGGAUCCCGAGAUGCUGGGCAGAGAGAGAGAGCGAAUGGGAAGAUGCACGUCGAUGAGGUGGACGAUGACAUUGCUGAGGAGGGGCGCAAGAAACCUAGACAGACAACCAUGGACGAGGUGUAUGAUGGUGACGCUCAACAGCGGACGAGGAGCACGUUUUUGGAGUGGGUGUACGACGUGGGGAUCCGGUUUCGUGCUUUCCGGAGGAGCUCUUGGAGGAGACACCGCAAGGCGGUGGCUGAGUUGCCACGUGGAGUACGGAUGGUGUGUCCUAGUCACAAGGAGAUUGGGGGGAGGGGGGUUAUUGAGAAGCGCGAUGAGGUCGCUACCAGGCUCGCGCAUGUCCGAGCAUCGUUCGAGGUGAUUGGGGCCACCAUCGUGACAGAUGGCAGGAGGUCCACAGAUUUGCGGCCCAUCAUUAACUUCCUUGCCGCUGGCAAGCAUGUCGCGCUUCUCUAUGCCACCGUGUGUCGAGAUGCUUUCGUUCCUGAGACGGGGGAGAUAGUGUUGAGGAGAUGGAAGGCCAUUUUUAGGUCCUUCCCUCCUAAUCAUUUGUUGGCGAUCUGCACGGACUCUGCGUCCAACUACACGUCGGCCGCAGAGCUCCUUGCAAAGGGCGCUGACCCGGAGCUGCAUCGUAUCACGUGGCUCCCAUGCGCCACCCACAUCUGCAACUUGAUGUUGUCAGACAUAGGGACCCGGGUAGACUGCAUUUCCUCGGCCAUUCUUCGUGGAAGGGCCUUGGUGCGGUUUAUCAAGAUGCACGGCGCUGCUCUUCACCUUUUCAGGUCGAAGAGCAAGCGCAAAUCCCUUGUUCAGCCUGUGGAGACGAGAUUCACGCUUGUGUUUAUGAUGCUCCUUUGCCUAAAGGAGCGCAGAGACGCGCUUGAGUCGAUGCUUCACGAUGAGGCUUGGGACAACAUUCCCUGGAAGUCUCGAUUGGUCGACGAGGCGGUGUGGGUGCGCCAGACUAUCCGCGAUGGAUUGUUUUGGCGGGAUGUGGAGUAUGGCAUUCUGGUAAUGACUCUGAUCCACCAGUUGCUGAGGAGGCUGGAUAGGCGCGGGAUGGUUAUGUCCCUGGCUUAUUCUUGGAUUCGUCGUGUGGUGGAUGAGUUACGACGCUUGCAGGACGGAGAUAGGAUCCCCUCUGAGAUACUCGAUGAUUACAUCAAACAGGUCCUCGCCCGUCGCCAGCAUAUGCUGGAGCCGGCGCACGCCGCGAGGCAUCUCCUCAACCCUCGUAGGCGUCAUCUUCGGUACUACGACGAGAGGGUGAGGACAGCAGAGGAUUUGGAGGUUGUGCAGGAGUGCGACAACUUCUUCCUUGCCCAGACGGGGGGAGAUCGGGCAGGCGCUCGGUACUUGCGCACGCGUGAGGAGAUGAGACAGUUUCAUGCACGUAUGGGUCCUAUGUUGACCGACCCUGCCACGAGGGACGCGGAGGCGCAGGCAUGCAGAGGGGACGACGAGACACCGAGGUGUGCUGCUUGGUGGCAGGAGCACGGAGGCGCAUACCCCGAUCUUCAAGAGAUUGCAACGCGGAUGCUGAACAUGUGGACGUCCGCCUCUCCUGCAGAGAGGAACUGGGCGGAACAUGAGCGCGUGUGCACGGCUAGGCGUAACAGGUUAGAGUUCACAAAGGUCGCUCAGCUGGUUGAGAUUGCCACCAAUCUCAAACUGUUGGAGUGUUCCGAGUCAUCUACCGGUUACGUUCUUCCGUGGGGAUACUUGGACGCCCAGGAUAAGGUAGAGGGUGAGGACGAGCCCGAGCCCUUGGUAUGGGGGGCGCGACCUCGCGCAUCUGUGACGGAGGAGGAGUUGGCGUCGACUAGACGCCGAUUACAGCCGCUAGGUAGUCGUCGACCUCAUCGAGUGUCAGAGGUGUUUGGUGCGAGAGCCACGGUUCUUCUCCCGUACGAGGCGGAAGUGCCGGAGGGGGAGGUUGUGGAUGACGCGACUCGACCUGCGCGCGAUGACGCCAUUGAUGGCGAUGAGGACUGGACACUUGCGUGCCUAGUUGGCAGCUUCACGGUAGGAUAUCCGACAAUCUUACCACCGUCCUUGGUCGAGUGUGCGAAGAGUGGAUGGGAAGCUUAGGAGAGAGGUUGCUGGAGUUGAGGCACGACGUCG